CUAUACGCAAUCCCAAAAGAUUUAUUUUUGGAAAAGAAAAAAAAAAUCCCCCAUUUUUAACGGUCAUAUUUUCCCAUUCAAAAACCAUAGCAAAGCUCUUCCCAUAACCAUUUCAAGAAGCAGAAACUCAAAAAGAUUUGGCAAAAACUAGGUCUAGAAGAUAGAAGGGUUUUGUUCGUUAUCAAAUUCCAGCACUAAACAAUGCAGAUUUCUGAGCACAGUGAUGUGGCAGCAGAGAAAUUUCACUACAAUGAAGAAGAUGAAUCCGAAUAUGAAGAAUGCGAUGCUGAUGAUUCAGGUGAAGAUCCAACAUUUGAGGUUGUCGAUAAGAUUCGAUGUAGAUUUUCAAGGCUAUCCACCAAGAACAAACCCAAAUCAUGUAACAUUAAGGAAAUGGAGGAGGGUAAUGAAGAGGACCCAGAUGUAGUCGUAGAAAUGGUUGUGCCAGAGCUUGGUGAAGAGGAUCAGAAAAGUUUUGAGGCUGUUCAAAAGAUCAUAGAAGUUGGACAGGUAGAGAAGCUGAAAGUGGACCAGUGCAAGGUUUAUUUGAGGAAACAUGGAUUGAGGUUGACAGGGAACAAAGAUAUCCUCAUUGAGCGCAUUAAAGAGCAUCUAGACAUUCUUAGAGGUGGUGGAGAGAAGAAGUACCCAAUAUCAAGCUUCGUAUUGAACUGCAAAGGUGAUGCAUGCACAGGAGAUGUUGUUAUGUUUGAACAAAAUGUUUAUGAAAUGUUCAACAUUGCAUCUCGAAGUGCUGGUGGUCCUCCAUGUGGAAAGAGGAUUGUUGCAGGCCGCAUCGUGAAAGAAAGUUAUGGUGCUGCAAAGCAACAGCAUACAUUCACCAUUGAAGUACUAUGGAGUGAAGGGGAGAAACCACUCCCUCCACUUUAUCCCCUCUUAAUCAAGGGCAGAAAUCUUUAUCGGUUAAAGACAAUGAGACAGAGAUGGGACAAUGAAGGCGAAAGGCAGAAAAUGAUAUCCGAGAAGCAUGCUAGAGGCUCUCUUGCUCGAUCAAAUAGGGAAGCACGUAUACAAUUGAAGGAGACGAAGAAGGCCAACACUUCAGUCCCAAUUGUAAAUGUGCCAUCACAAAGGAUUCAGCAGUGGCAACAUUUGACAAAUAUGCCUUCAAGGAGUCUAUUACAAAGUCAGAAUCAUGAGCCAAUCAUGAAAUCUAUUCCUUCUCAUUGUCAGUUCCAAAGGCAGAGUCAUGAGCAAUACACAAAUAGUAAUAAUCCUUUAAGAAGGCCUUUGACAAACAUGAACUGUUCAAUACAAUCCAAAGAUCCAUAUCCAUUUGGAUCCUGUCCUGGUUCAACGAGUCCACUCCAAAGUCACAAUCAUGAGCGAAGCAUGAUUUCUUAUCCUUUGAGGAUUCCAAUUCAAAGGCAAGGUCCUGAACGAAGCGUGAAUCCUAAUUCUUCAAGGCAUCAUAAAGGAAACAUGAAUUUCAGUCCAACUAAGGGUCCAUUCCAAAGGCAACUUUGCCGAUUCUAUGCUCAAGGAAGGUGUCAUUAUGGAGAUCGAUGCAAGUACUUGCAUGAAUAUAGAGGGAAUCUGAUCUGUGGCGAAAGAACGGAUAAAAGGUGGCCAUCUGAUCUACGGUAUUACUAGCAAAAACUCUUGGACUAAAAAUUUGCAGUUUGAAAGUGGGUUUCAGCAAUCUUGCUGAUUUUUGUUUUGUUGGACCUAUUUGGAAGUGUGAUUUUUUGCAGUCUUCCAUACGUUUGAAUCUCUUGGAGUUUACCCAAAAGCAAGUUUGAAUAUUGCUGAUUUUGGUCUACAUUCAAUGUUGAAAUCAAGUAUAUUACUUGGAAGGGUUUUAGUUG